AGAGAGCCCCCAAUUAACAAUGAAAGUGUUACUUUGCUCAAGGUAAAAGGAGGUCAUUGUGUGAUCAGCACAGCUCAAACAAGGUGGAAACAGAGGGCACCAUGGUUAAAAGAGUGGCUGUAAUCGGAGCUGGCUGCAGUGGACUGACAGCUAUCAAAAGUUGCCUAGAAGAAGGUCAUGAACCAACAUGCUUUGAAAAAAGUCAUGACAUUGGCGGCUUAUGGAGAUACACGGAAACUGUGGAAGACAAAAGAGCAAGUCUCUAUAGCUCUGUUAUAACAAACACUUCCAAGGAGAUGAUGUGUUAUUCAGACUUUCCAAUGCCAGAUGAUUUUCCAGCAUAUCUGCACAAUUCAAAAGUGCUGGAGUACCUCCGGCUUUAUGCUGAUCAUUUCAGACUCUUGAAGUACAUUCAGCUUGAGACUGAAGUUUGCCAGGUGACAAAGAGUCCAAAUUUUACCAUGAAUGGACAGUGGGAAGUACUGACAAAGAAGAAUGGAACCGAGAAGAAAGAGUGUUUUGAUGCAGUCCUGGUAUGCAAUGGGCAUCAUGUUGCUCAUUAUUUACCUCUAGAAUCUUUCCCAGGUAUCGAAAAAUUUAAAGGUCGAUACAUCCAUAGCCGUUUCUAUAAGAAAUCCGAAGAUUACCAUGGGAAGACCGUUCUAGUGGUGGGAAUUGGAAACUCAGCAGGGGAUAUCUCUGUGGAAAUUAGUAGCAAAGCAAAACAGGUAUAUCUAAGUACCAGACAAGGCACCUGGGUUGUAAGUCGUAUUUCUCAUCAUGGAUAUCCAGUAGAUAUGGCCCUAGCAACACGUUUCUUUUUCUGGAUUUCAAAUCUUUUACCUGUUAACCUAUUCAACAAGAUGAAUGAGAAACACAUGAGCAGUUGGUUUGAUCAUGAAAAUUUCGGAUUAGAGCCUGAAAACAGAUCUUUUUUCAGGGAGCCCAUAGUAAACGAUUACUUACCUAGCCAAAUCCUAUGUGGAGCAAUAAGAGUGAAGCCAAAUAUUAGAACAUUCACUGAAACCUCUGUUAUCUUUGAGGAUGGGACUGUUGUGGAGGAUUUGGACGAGGUUAUAUUUGCCACAGGAUACAGCAUCUCUUUUCCAUUUCUUGACGACUCAGUCAUCAGAGUUGACAAUAACAAAGUUGCUCUAUACAAGAAUGUCUUUCCAUUAAGUCGUGAGAAGCCAACAAUAGCAUUCCUGGGACUUGUUCAGCCACUAGGCUCCCUCUUGGCAGUUUCAGAGAUUCAAGCACGAUGGGCCACCCAAGUAUUUAAAGGCACUGCUCAUUUACCUUCACUAUCAAAAAUGGAGAACUACUACCAAAAAAGUAUGGAACAGAAAUUAAAGAGUUUUGGAAGAAGCAGAUUUCCGACACUGCAAGAUUUCUUUAUCGGCUACAUGGAUGAGAUAGCAGUGGAAAUUGGUGCGCGGCCUAAUAUAAUAGCUCUAUUUCUUAAAGAUCCCAGAUUUGCUUGGAAUGUUUUCUUUGGCCCUUGUACCCCUUAUCAGUAUCGCUUGACAGGCCCAGGGAAGUGGAGUGGAGCUAGAAAAGCAGUCCUGACCCAGUGGAACCGAACUCUCAAUCCAGCCAAAACGCGUGUUGUUCAGAGGUUUACACCUCAGUCAAAAGCAAAACAAAUAAUUGUACUUUUUGGAUUGGCAGCAGCCAUUUUGGUAUUUGUCUACUACAUCACCUUCAAAAAUAAUCAGCAAGACUCCUAACUAUAACUUGCAUUAUGGAGUGAAAUCAGCCAUUCAUUUAUACAAGUAAAAUUAAAAAAACAUUAUCCGUAUCUGUAAACAAAGUAUCUCCGGACAGACUGGUUUGCAAGGAAAGUUUGCUAUGGCACAGUUUAGCAAAUAAGAUUAUGUGGAUUAUUGCAAGUAAUAUGAUUAAGCUGUAAUUUGGGAGUUUGUAGGAGUCUCUUAAUUCAUCUUUUCUGUGAAUUUUGCUCACAUGUAUAAAUUACCUUAAAGCUGAAGUUAUUUGUACAUAAAUAAAUGUCUUAGGUAAA